AUGAACAUCGCCGCAGACAAACCGCGCGAGAGCUUCUCGGAGUUCAUGGAUUCAAAAACGAAUCUCAAGCCUGAGCCUCGUAUCACUGGGACUGUCAAUCUGAUUGAGGAUGGAGAAAUAAUUCUGAUCCCCCGACCGACGGCUGAUCCUCAAGACCCUCUAAAUCUCCCGGAAUGGCACAAAUGGCUUAUACUGGUCAUCGUCGCACUAUAUGCCAUGACCGGCAAUCUGCUCGCUAGCGGAAUCGGUGUCUUGGUUCCUCAGCUCAACAAAGUGUACAACAACGAUCCCCGGGUAUCUGAUCUAGUGACUUGGCCAGCCUUCUACAUGGGAGUGGGAAAUCUCAUUGCCAUGCCGAUCGCGGACGCAGUCGGCCGUCGUCCUGUCUACCUGAUUUCAAACCUGAUCAUGAUUGCCGGUGCCAUUUGGUGCUCUUACUCGGACAGUUUGGGGUCGCAUAUCGGAGGUCGUGACUUUAUGGCGUUGGCAGCCGGUCAAAGUGAAGCACUUUGUGUCCUGAUUGCAGAGGAAACCUUCUUCCUGCACCAACGCGGAAAUCGAAUCGCAUGGUUCUGCUCUCUGCAAACCCUGGGAACAGCACUCUUCAUCAUCGCCUCUUCAUACAUCAGCAAUGAGAUAGGAUGGAGAUGGUGGUAUGGUAUCUUCGCCAUUAUCACCGGCUUCACCUUUUUCGUUUCCAUUCUAUUCGUUCCGGAGACAAAGUACGACAGAGACUUGGACAGCUUUUUCGGCGGAAAUGAUGAAUCCCCGGAUGGGAAGGUGAUUGCCUCCCAGAGACGCAAUCUGGACUUUGUAAAUUUCAAGCGGAGAUCAUUCUGGACGGAUAUUAAGCCAUGGGGAGCUGUCAAGCCUCGAUGGAAAGAAGUUCCAAAGUUCUGGUAUCACCUGGGACAACUCAUUCUUUUCCCUUCUGUAUUCUGGCUAGUUCUGUGCAGCGGCGCGCUACUGGGAACCUACAUCCUGAUGUCGGCUGUGUUCGCCGAGGUUUUGGUAGCCCCCCCAUACAGCUUCAACCCGAACUACUUGGGUUUUGUGAUGGGUGGUCAAGCUGUCGUUGCAUUUGUGGUGCAGCCCAUUGCAGGUUAUGGUAGCGAUAUCAUCCUGAAAGCACUCACAAAAAGAAACAAUGGCAUCAGCGAGCCCGAGUACAGACUUAUCCCUGGCCUGAUCCCGGCGGCAGUUGGAAUCGUCUCAUGUAUAAUUUACGGUCGCUCCUGUCAGUUUCCCGAGGACUGGGCUUGGACAGGUGUUGUCAUUACGAUGAACGCACUCUUCUACAGCUUUGUCAGUGUUGUGGUCCUUGGAUUCGUCUAUACAAUGGACUGUUAUCCACAACGUGGCCAUGUCGCAAUGGUUGCUCUAUGUGCUGGACGAGGUUUCAUUUCCUUCGGUAUCUCAUAUGGAACUACAGCAUUUGUGCGGAUGUCUGGCUAUGAUGGUGCACUGGAUAUCUGCGCCAUUGUAAUCGGUGUUCUCACGGCCAUCGGUUUUGUGGUUUACUUCUUUGGAAAGGCCUUUAGAAAAUUCACUCAACGCUGGGCCGUUGACGAGUAG